AUAAAGAUCAGCCGACACAAUUCAACGAAUACUACUUUCGUGAAGACCCUCAAACGUACGUGUCUAUAUUUAUACACGGAAUUUCCGAUGUGAAGUACAGAGAAGGCACUGAAAAUAGUCAAGAUGGAAUAGUUGAAGGCGAAAGUCAUGAAAACGACAGACGUCUUUCGAGCAUGGACAUUACAAUUGCGGAUGAUACUGAGUCAGAAACAACUGGUUCUGACAAACACAAGAUUGUUGAAGAAAUGAUGUCAAGACAGUCACAUGGUUGCCCAGGCCCUCCUGGCUUUCAGACAGACCUUCCUAUGUCAAAUGAAACCGAUUUUUCUCGUCAUCGGACGAUCCUACAGACAGAAGUCAAAACGGAAAGUAUAUCAAGACCUUCUAACCCUCGAGGCAUUCAAGGCGGACUUUUCGAUUCGAACGAAAUCCAGCGUUCGAUACCAAUUAUUUACCCACCAACAGUGCCAUCGUCAAGUGUUUCAAUGCGUUCGGACCGGUCCUACGUACAAGCUACAGGCAUACAGGGCUGUCUUUCCGAGCCAAACGCGACCGAGAGGACGGCGCCAAUAGUAUACCCUCCAAAAUGGCGCACACUGUCAGAUUUACAAGAAGAAUCAAAACAAUUUAAUCAAUCUUCAAGAACCAAUCAUCCAAGUGCGUUCGGAAGUUCGAACCCGUCAUGCGUACAAGCUUCAAUUUCAAAAGAGCACCAGUAUUUUGAAUCGCCCUAUCGGCAGACAGUGCGCUUGUUGUCAGGAGUUCAAGAACAGUCUGUGCCAGAACAAGACCAAUUCAUAUCAGUGAAAGAUUUCAAUCAACGAGGAGUUCAAGCAAUAAAUUAUGAUGAUGAAGAGGAUCUUCUGAAAUCAAAAAAGAAAGAAAAAGAAGAAGGAACUGUUACAACAGAGCACAUAAAAGAUGAAAACGGCAAACAAUCGGAGAAGCGUGUCAAAUUCAGUGAAGACGUGAAGAUGGACAAGGCUGAUGAUUCUUUCAAAGACCUAAAGGAUUUUAUCAAACAAUAUGUAAAACAGGAAAAAGGGCCCACACGGUCAGAUAUCAAACGUUUGUGUGAUGCAGUAAUUGUGUAUGACAAGAAUGAUUAUGAUUAUGCUGUUGACAUGAAAGAUGAAAUAAAAGCUAUGGUCACUCAAGAGCUAAACGAUGAGUUACGGAUAGAAUUAUUUGACGACGAAAAAUUCAUGCAGUCUCAUGUUCAAGUUGUGCAAGAUGUUCUGAAAAAUGCAAGUGUCGUUUUGGUCUAUCUUUCUAAGAAUACGGAACAAUCCGGACGGGUUCAGUUUUUCAUCGAAGAAGCAAUCGCAUUGACUAGGAUUGGUCCGGUUGACAAGGACGUUCUAGUCUCGGACUGUGAGUUCAGUGUACGGCCAGUCCACUCGCAGCCUUCAAACAAACGUAAUUAUCGGACACCUCCCGGACUGGCUAGUGUCACCGGAAUCGACUGGUUUGACAAGUCCAAAUACACGUACGACAGAAUUGUUGCAAUCAUGAAAAACGCCAUUCGGAGAAGAAAACGUAUAGAGAACCCGCGGCAAGUACAAGAUAUGUUCAGACAAACGAUGAAUCGAACAGGUUCAUUGACACAGCAGCAAUUUCACAGAAGGGACACACCUCAACAUGCGUGGGCUUCUGGUACAAGUGCUUUUACGACAUCAGGGCCACGAUACACGCCGCAGGCUACCACUGAACCUUUGUAUAGAGGAAUCAAUGACCCUAUCCAGCAUGGCUUCAACAUAAGUGAUGCUGAAAGACGAAUGAGCAUUGAACCUAACCAAGGUUCCGCUGCGUCCUCUUACACAAAAGGCGGUGAUCAUUUUCUUAGAACGGGUGAAAAAUAUUCACAACCCGAGUUCUGUUACGUGUAUGCGAACGUGAAUACAUCGUUCACAUCUUAUAGUGAACCAGUAGCACCUUUCGGUGUUCAACAAAAUAUUUCGCGACCGACUAGGGCUUUGGGUCUUGAUCUUGGUUAUCAACCUGCAGAGGAACCUGAAUUUCAUGGUUACCAUAGAAUAGGUCAGUUUUCAAGGAUUGGAGAGCAGAGUCAUUUUCUCAGACACAAUCAGAUGCCUUUGAACGAGGAGCCGCAAUACAGACGGGAUGGCGGUGACGAUAAACAUGUCAUGGGGCUUGUAAACGACGGGCAAAGGACAAACACAAGUCGUACAAACAUCCGUUCUGCAGACGGGUAUGAUGCCACAAACCAACUACACCCAAGGCAUUCGGCAAUGCAGCAGGCACCAGGUGCACGACGACAAAGAGCGACAGAAUAUACUCCCAGACAAAUGCAGCAGCAGACGCCGCAGCAACAACAACCAAAAGGUCAGAUGGAUAAUGGCAGAGGGAUUAUAACUUCUGAGAUGUUGAUUUAUAACCUGUCAACGAACGACGUGGAAAUCGAUAAUCCUACAAGUACACAAGAAAGCAGACGGAUGUACGACCAGGGUCCUGCAGAUAAUGUUUACACAGAAGAUUCUGACAGCAGUGAAGACGAGUUGUGGGAUCCACUUGGAAAUCUACCCGGAUCAAAAGGCGGGCGGGUAGUAAACAUUGUUGGAAGCCAGGUCCUGCAAAUCGGUAAUCUAAACAGCGUAACUAACGUCAGAAACAUUGUGAAGAAAGACAGAAAACACUCGAAUGAAAAGAAAACUCAAGAUAAAGACAACGCAAGUUAUGGGGUUGCGCCAAAGAAUAAUUUAGCCGAGUUAAACAACAACACAGAAAGCGAGGAAAAGCCGGAUGUCAGAAGCAAACACAUAAAAUAUACUAGCAAACCGGAAAGUGUCUCACAGACAUUUCUAAACGAAGCAAAACAACCAAACGGGGCAAAGAGCGGCAACGAUUUAAGCGAUUCUGUAGAUCUUUUUUCCAAAAAUAAUGAUAUACAGAAGACAGACAAUAUCUUUGGACAACCUGUAAAAGAUGGAGUGAGCAGGUAUAAACUGAAUAUACCAUUGGAAGAGCCGCGACGUCAGAAAAAUACCGACGCUCAAGUUGUUGAAAAUGUUAGAUACAUGUCUGAAGAAAAUACACAGUUAACUGCAAAGGUUUCGUACUCUGUCCUUCAAACGACGACAGAAAGACCUAGGUUACAUGACAAGAGUUCCGAGGAAGGUCAUUUCAUGACCACAGAUGGUAGUCCUUCGGUAUUGUCUUUGAGUUCCGCGCCAAACGCCGUUGACCGUUCUCAUCCACAUGCCUUUACAAAUCUAAUGACAGUUGCUCACCUCAAUUCACUGGAUGAAACUACAGAGAUACAAAGGUUGGACGAAUUCGCUUGGACUGAAUCAUACAAUGAAGAAACCGGAAUGUUCACAAGUGAUUUAUCAGACGCGGACCUUUUUGGUGAUGGCAGACAUGACCGUCAGAAUGUUGGUCGAACAUUAUUUACGUCACGCUCCGCUACGUCGUUCUCAGACCUGGUCAACAAAUCCCUCGUGACUGAAGAAGAGAGUUUCGUUCUUACGAAUGUCAGUGAUGUGGACUGAUUUGAUCCAUAGAAGAGUUGCGCAUAGGGGCUUUAUCUUCAAAACUUCAAAAAUCUAACUUAGCUAAGGUCGAAUUAGAAGAUCUAUUUAUAAAUCUAUUGAUAGAUGAAUUACUAGUUUAUUAAAAUUAUGAAAUUAUAUUGAUGUUUAAUUGAGUUAAACCAUUUGAACAAACUUGAUGUAUUUUAUGAAAUUACGAAAUUAACGUCAGUUUUAACUGAGAUGCUUUGUGGGGAUGCGCCAAAGACUCGCACAUGCUGAUACAAUAGUCUCAAUUGAGUAACUGGUAGUAUGAAGCAGUUACACUUGACCGCUAUUUUUAUACUACAACUGUCUUUAUAACAUCUAACAUAGUCAUAUAUAUCAUUAUACCAUGUGAUACUUUUAAGUAUGGUCUAUACUAGUAAUGGACAUGCGACUUGUUUAUGCAUACAUGAUACAAAAAUUGCAUUAAUAAUCUUAGAGAUCAAACGUUCCUUAUUCUAAAGUUUAUUUCACCAGUAAAUGGUCGCUAAAAUUAAGACCAUCGUCACGUUUCUUCACAGUGACAUUUAUGUGUUAAAUUUUGAUAUCAUAUUACUAUUAUAUUUCUUGACAUUAAAAUGUGUCGAUUACGUUCAUUUGACAUUUUAACAUAUACACUCAACGCUAAGCAUAAUCUGAUAAAAUAAUGAAAUAAUAAUACAUUCUACAUUUUAAAUUUCAAUUAAAUCUCAGUAGGUUUUGUGUUUCUUUACUGCUCACACGUAAAACGUUUUUUCAAUAAUCUGCUAUGAAUCUUAGAAAUGCAAACGAUUAUGUCAUUGCAUCAUGACAUUCUCUCUUGCAAUUCAAACCUGCCUCUAGAACAAGUAAUGGUUAGUAAUGAAUACACAUCUCGAAACACCACCAUAUUGCUUUACUGUAUAUAGGAAUGUAAAUACAUAUAAUUGUUGAGAAUUAUGUUUACUGCUUUUUAUGCUCCCCAUUAAAUACAUAUGGGGAGCUUAUAGUUGCCAGUUUGUCCUUCCAUCACACUUGUGUUACAGUUUCUCAUAGCGCCGUCAAUAUUUAACCGAUCUUUAUAUUUGGCAUGUAGGUACCUUGCAUCGACCUCUACCUUUUGAUGAGGUUUGACGUCACAUGGAUCAAGGUCACCGAGGCUAAAAAUAGAUUUUCCGUCACACUUGUGUUACAGUUUCUCAUAGCGCCUUCAAUAUUUUACCGAUAUUUGGCAUGUAGGUACCUUGCAUGGACUUCUACCUUUUGAUGAGGUUUGAUGUCACUGGGGUCAAGGUAAAGGUCACCGAGGCUAAUAAUAGAUUUUCCGUCACACUUUUGUUACAGUUUCUCAUAGCGCCUUCAAUAUUUAACCGAUCUCUUACGUAUUUGGCAUGUAGGUACCUUGCAUGGACCUCUACCUUUUGAUGAGGUUUGACGUCACUGUGGUUAAGGUCAAGGUCACCGAGGCUAAUAAUAGAUGUUGUCAAUGUCACACUUUUUUCCACACAAUUAACCCAUAUAUCGACAUAGCAUCAUCGGGGAGCAUCAAUCAUUUUCACUGAUAUCCCUGUCUUUACUUGCGCACAAUUAAUUACAUAGCGUUCACCGUUUUCUGCUGCGAUACAAUGCAAACUGCAAAUUCUUGCGCAAUACUUUAAUAAGACGACAAAGCGUUUUCAACGUAGUUAAAGUUUGACUUAUUAUACUCGGGAGAGUACUCGUUUGUUCGCCUUUUAUGUGCUUAUUACAUAAUUAAUGUCUCAUAAUUGUAUUACUUUGCUUUUCUUUUGUAUGCUGUUAUAUAUGUUUGUGAUUUUUCCCCUAUUUUAGCUGAAAAAUUGAAUCGUCCGAAAGUAAAUAAAUUGCCAAAACAUGUACUUGAA